ACGGCUGCUAUCAAAUUGGAUACCACCAUUUCCCUCUCCUCCUUCUGCCUCCCUCCGCCCCGGAGCAAGUCUACUAAGUGCGCUCGGUACGCUACUUGCUGUACAAUAUCAAUUUUGGCCUCCAACCCUGCCACUACCGCUGAACCCUGCUGUCCCAGGACUGUUCUCUCUCCCACAGGGUAUUGGGACUGCCGAUCCGUCUCUCGACCUUCGUCACUGGACUAACUUUCUCUCUCCCUCUCUCUCUCUCUUGCUUUAAAAACUACCCAAGCAGGGCAAGCUUAUAGCCCCACCGUUUCCUAAUCAUUGGAGUCAGUCCCCUAUAUUCGUCGAUUAGACCUACCAAGGUGCUGAGUAGCGUAUCUGCUAGCCUCCUGGUGGUACCUGGUAAAGGUAUUCAACUGUCCGGGGGUUCCUAGUCGUGUCCCUUGUGAGCCUUCCUACGGGCACACACACAUACACCGCAACACAAACACACUUAAGACUUGUUGAUCCCCCUCGACACUUCGCGACAGCCCUCUUGUUCACUGGACCUUGUUAAGUGAAGUCACCAUCUCGGCUAGGUGACACGAAUCUGUUACCAUCGGGAUCUUGCAUCUGAUCAGCGCGAACUAUUUGGGGCUUGAUAUCCUGAGCGCACGAGUGCAUCUUUGUGCUGUUGCCGUUUUUGUUCAUUUCUUUUGAUGGUCUCGUUGAGCGCCUCACGUCUCGAUAACCUUUACGCCUCUCCUUCUGGCCGACGAUGACUAUGACUCUCGACAACCAGUCACGACUCGGAGCUCUUCACUUCGGCCACAUGUCUUCUUACCAGAAUUCACCCCAGUUCACGAAUCCGUGGAACUCGGGCUCAGCCAGCCACCAUGGUCAUCAUGGCAUGUAUUCGCAAGGCAGCAUGAGCCACAACCUCAGCGCCCUCGACUCUAUGGCGAAGCACCAUCCCGCCAACAGGCCAAGUGCCAAUACUAGUGUCUCAAUGGCAUCGUCGUACGGCGGAAGCAUUCCCGUUACGUCUUCAGCAGCAGGUAGCACUCACAUGGCGGACGUAUAUGAACAACCAGACUUACUCAAUAUGCCCCAAGAUCUCCUCAGCCUCAACCGAAUGCAGACCACAUCUGCUGCGUAUGGAGAACCCUCGUAUGCUACGGCAACGCCCUCUCCCGUUCACGCGACAUACUCGGCAUCACCUAGCUCUUAUGAUAGCGUAUCUGGCUAUGCGCCAGCUCCAAUGCGCUCGACAUUCGCUCUCGCGCCGGAAGCUGACAGCCGAAGGUAUUCACAAUCGUCAGUUUCCUCUGUACCGUCAAUCAGUUCUAGCCCAGCCAGUUUCAUUGGGUCUCAUCGGGGCUCGAUAGUUGACACAGCUCACAGAGGCAUUCCGCCUACCGACGAUCGAAGAAGUUUCGCCGAUGCCAUUGACGCGAGUCAAGGGAUGCUCGCCAUGAGCCAGGAAACUCCCCGGGCCAUCUACCCGCCUAACCGUGGUAGGGGGUCUGCCGAUUCGUAUGGCUUUCCGUCAACGCAUUCUACAAACUCGUCUAUUUCCUCGGCAAGCAAUUAUGGUGGCGGCUAUUAUGCCGCAUCUGUCACAGAUUCGUCCGUCAGUGACUAUUCAACAGCAGGAUCAGACAUAGAAUCUGUAACUUCGCGAACGCUGCCUCGGCCGAACUUAAUGACCCAGCCGCCCCCUGCCCCUCAGUCAAUGAUGGGCCAAUUUAGCUCUAAAGUUUCGUCGAGCACGCAAAAGAAACACAAAUGCAAAGUAUGCGAUAAACGAUUCACAAGGCCAAGCUCUCUACAAACACAUAUGUAUAGUCACACAGGAGAAAAGCCAUUUUCCUGUGAAGUAGAAGGAUGCGGACGCCACUUCUCUGUCGUAUCAAAUCUACGCCGACAUAGAAAGGUUCACAAAAACGAUACCAGGUCUGAGGCUGGCUCGGAAGACCAUCAAGACGAUCAAUCCGAUUAAGCCGUAACGACCAUAUUAUAAAUAAUCCUACAUUGGGCGUUGCAACUUAGCCGCCCUUCUACAAUUCCUUGUUAACGGAUAUCUUACUCA